UCUCCCCUCGAUUUGGUUUUUACUCUUUAUCGUUUUUCUAUUGAUUACAACAGGAGGGUAAGCGUUUCAUUAUCAUUUUAAGCUUGCAAAUACAACGAUGGCUCCAUCUACGGCAGCAGAUAAGAAUGUCGACAAGGCAAAUAUCAAAAGCGUCAGCGUGUUCUGUGGAGCUGACAGCGGUGCGGAUCCUGUGUUUGAGCAAGAAGCUGUUGGUAAGACAUGUGAGAAUCAAGAAAUACGACCCACUCAAAAAUGUACUCUUUCGCCUUGAGGAAUGUGUAAUGAUGACAUUGAUGUAACUACUUACUCUAGAGCUAGGGAAGAUAUUAGCAGAGAAUAAUAUCCGAUUGGUGUAUGGUGGUGGAACUGUUGGCUUGAUGGGGGCAGUCGCUCAAUCGGUCUUUAAGAACGGUGGAAAAAUAACUGCUGUUGUGCCUGAACCGAUGCUCACGUUAAGCGAUGAGCAACUUUGUGAGCCGACAGUUGUUCCUGACAUGCACAGCCGUAAACGCCGUAUGCAUGACGAGAGCGAUGCUUUCAUUGUUUUGCCCGGUGGCUUUGGUACCAUGGAAGAAAUGCUGGAAAUGAUCACUUGGUCUCAACUCAACAUUCACUCCAAACCCAUCAUUCUCGUCAACACUAAAAAUUAUUUCACACCUUUUGACAGUUGGGUUAAGCUUUGUGUGAAAGAAAACUUUAUCAAGUCAGAUAACGCCAACAUAUUUGUCCUUUGUGAGUCAAGUAAGCAAGUUCUCGAUACCCUAAACAAAUACAAAGCACCCGAAGCACGCUAUGUCAUCCAUUGGAAGCCUUCUGAACGAGACACUCUGGUUUAGUUAUCGUUACAGGCAAUGGCAAUAAAUGUAUGGAUAAAAGCUGAAGGCCGUCCUCUAUUUUUUCAUUGAGUAAACCCAUGGUCAUGACUCUUUUGUUUAAACCAUGAUUUUUGAGCUAAAAACACUUGCGCAGGAAUUAGGUUUGUGGCGCAUGUAUGCUUUCACAAC